AUGGCCGCGUCGACGCACGAGCCGUACUACAUGAUGACGCGCGACUUCGAGGCGCGGUCGCCGCCCCUGCCGCCCGAGCUCCGCUCUAAGGACGCUGCGUGGUCGCCGCCCCUGCCGCUCGAGCUGCCGCCCGAGGACGCUGGCGCGCCGCACGCGCUCUUCUACAAGCUGGAGGACAACCGGUGCGAGAGGCGCGCGCUGCUCCGCGGCCAGAACUGCACCCUUGCGAUCCGGCACGCCACCGCGCGCCGCGUGACGGGCCCGUGGGCCGCGGCCACCGCCUCGGGGCCUUUCUUUCUCGACGCGAUCUCGCGGCCUUGUUGCGAGGGGCCUGCGGCGGGCUUCGGCGCGCUCGAGGGGGACGGCGCCUCGCGCUGGCGCGACAUCAGCGGCAGCGUCGAGGCCCCCGCCGGCUACAAGCACGGCACCGCCCUGCUCCUGCCGCACGCGGCGCUCCGGGCGGUGUGCGAGCCUCAGCCCACCGCCGCGGCGGCCGUCGGCGCGAGCCGGCGCGAGACCGGCCGCUUCCGCGACACGGAGCUCUGCAAACGGUGGCGCAGCCGCCGCAACCUCGAGGGCGAGCGCUGCGAGGGAAAGGCGUGCGAAGACUGGGCGGGGUCGCGGCGGGCAAGGGAUCUGGUGUAG